CAACCUCCAGAAUAAGUUCUUUUGACUUACUUUUGAGUUGUGCGUCGCUUUCGCACUUAUUAGUGUUGUCAAAAACAAAACGAGAGAUUCGACUCAGUCGAGGUCUUCCGUGGAGGAAGGUACUUUUGAGUUGUUUGGGGUGUUUGAGAAUUUGAGUAUAAAAAAUCUAUCAAUGAGUUGUAAUUUUUGCCGUGGUUAAAUGGAAACUACCUUCAACACGGUUUACCUAAUUUUACCUCCACGACCACGAUACCCCAAGAUUGAGUCAAAAGAACUCAAUUUUAGGUAGUUUUUCGUUUGCGUGCGCGCGCAGAUUUUUCAAAAUAUCACCUGGCAUUCCAGCACGGAAGUUACGAGCUUGGUUUGUUGUGGUUUCUGGACGAAUAAACAACAUCAAACUGUAAUUGUAAUUUAUUAAUUAUACGAGGGCCUGUUAGUUACACUUUACGUUCGAUCAAGGAAGAAAUGGAGCAAGAAUCAACCGAAAACGGAGCGAGAGUGAUCUCCAUUCAUCUGGCCAUCUCGCCAGUAUCAAGUGCCGUCGAUGAAUCGUCAGAACUUAGCUGUCGGCUAUGCUUGCGAAUUCAGCCUCGCAACAAACUGCGGGAAACUCAGGUGGAAGUUGAGUUCCUACCGAAAAUACUGGACGCAGUCGCGAUAGAUAUAACAGCACAGGAUAAAACAACUGCUGUGUGUAUAAACUGUUUGCGGUUAGUGGAUGUGGUCUAUCGUUUUCGGGUGGCAUGCAGACGUGCAGAUGCGAUCCUCUCGGGUGAAUUCCAGACCUUGCCUGCGAGUAGAUGGAACAACGAGGAAACUAGUCAAGUUUUAGCAAACUGCCAAAAAGUUGUCAAGGAUCAUUACACCGCCAUGGAGGAACUGUGGCAGAGCGCUGGCCUAGACAGCGACAGUGACUGCAUGGCACAGGAUGAAAUGGUUUUUAAAGAGGAACUUAUUUUAGAAGAAACACCUUCGCCAUUGGGAGACUUCUCUUACCAGUCACCGGAUGAUGAGUCUUUCGACAAUCAUCCGGAAGAGUGCGAGAGCUUUCCACAAGCUGAAACCCUCGAAAACAAUCAAAAGUCGUCGCAUUUUUUCUGUGAUGAAUGUGGAGUGCUGAUACCGAAUUUUAUGGUCGAAUACCACAAAAACAAGCACCUGGGGAUAAAGCCUUAUGCCUGUCCCUAUACCGAGUGUGGAAUGACUUUCUAUACGCCUAAACAAGUCAGGGUGCACGAUAAACAUGUACACAACCCGGAACUAUACCAGUGUGAAAUCUGCCAAAAAACUGUUAAAGGGAUACAUUCAAUUAAUAGGCAUAUGAAAGGUCAUGAGGAUCGGAACCCUCGCAAGUUUCCAUGUCCUAUCUGCAAAAAAUUGUUCUACAAGUCUUAUUUGAAGGACCACCAGGCGGUUCACACCGGAGUAAUGCCACAUGAAUGCACGGAUUGUGGGCAACGGUAUGGUGCACGAUCGAAUCUACUUAAACAUAGAAAAAAAUGUCAUCCGGAUUCACAUGAUGUGGUCCCGCUUCACUAAGUAGAAACGUAGUAUCUCAAUUCAAACCAAAUAUUUGAAAUGGGCCUAAC